GUAGGGAUUAUUCACUUUUUAAAAAAACCCAAAUUAAAGUGAGUUUAAGAAACUACAUUACAAUGUGUGUGUGUGUUGUAUUAGGUUAGAUCGGAUUUCUUCAUGUUUGUGAUCAUGAUGACGUGGCUGCUGGAAGCUUUCUACAGUUCCAUAUAGGCAUCUUUUGGUUCUUUGACCGGGUUUUUGCCUUAUCGAAAUCUUGCUACCAAGUGGAAGUAUCUAGCUUUCGAGUCUUGGUUGAGAAAGUAAUGGUUGGGUCCUGCUAUGUACAGGCAAAUUUUUGGUGUUAUUGGAGGCUACAAUGCUGCAAGCAAAACAACUCCCCAGUCAACUAUUGAUUUUAAAAAGAUUGAGGGUGAAUUAUCACCUGAUAUGAAACUUGAAGAUCUUCUUGCAAUUUAUGACCAAGAAAAACUCAAAUACUUGUCGUCAUUCGUUGGUCAGAAAGUAAAAGUCAACGUGGUUUUGGCAGAUAGAGUGUCAAACAAGCUGAUAUUUUUUGGAAGACCGAAAGAGAAGGAUGAAUCAAUUGAGAGAAAGAAAAAUCUCAUGGCUAAGCUUAGUGUUGGAGAUGUCGUGAAAUGUUGCAUCAAAAAGAUUACUUAGUUGAGGUAUUACUAAGUUAAUUUAAGAGGGACUCGCUAUACACUACACUGCAUUCUUUGUUAUGUGUGCCUACUUUAAGAUGACCAUUCUUCCAUGAUUCUUAUUUUGUAGCCAAAAAAAAAAAAAAAACAAACAGUUUUGGACAUUAUUACUGUCCUUCACAGUUUUCAUCGUGUUAACUUUUAAAAAGACUGUUUUUAUUUCAUAUGUUUCUCACUUGAUUUUUCUGAUUAUUGGUGUG